AUGAUCUAAAUUUCCUCCCCAAGGAAUGAAUAAAUUUCAUUAAAAACAAUCUCAGAAAAAUCUAAAAAAAGCAAAUUAAACUAUCCAUUUUAACCAAAUGACAACAGCUCUGGCUUUGAAAUAAACUCUUUGUCUUUUGAUUAAAGCGAACUGGAAUCACAAAAACCAUCAAGGAAUACUUUAAAGCAAUUAAAAAUAUAAUAGUCAUAAAUCAAUUGUCAUUCCAUUAAUACUACCAGAAAAAAUUGUUAUAAUUCAGAUAUUGUGUAAUAGGUGAAGGAGAGCGUUGUUUAAGAGGUAUCUAAAUAAUUGGACAGCACAUUUUUUUAGGAAAAUGGCAAUGUCACUUCUGAGAUCUUGUAAUAACUCUUGAAUAAAAAGUUAUCCGAUGUGUAAUUUGCAAAAUAAAGAAAUAUUAGGAAAAAGAUUUAAUUAGAUGAAAAUUCGUUGUAUAAAUUAACUCAAGUAUUAAUCCUGCUUCUAAUCGGAAUCAUGAGUCCAACUUGGUUGGUACUUGAGAACACACCGUUUACAACAUAUGGAUGCUUAUUUUAAAUAACUCUCCUUAUAUCUUUUAUAUUAUUACAUCUAUUUCUAAAGAGUAAAUCUAUAGUAUCUACCAAAGUCAAAACAAAAGAUGUCUUGAUGUACUUAGUUUAAAAUCUCUGUUAUGAGCUAUUUAUAUUACUGUUAUCAAUCAUCUUAUUUUUAAGCGAUUUAUUACAAAUAAGUCAACUGGAUGUACUAAAUAUAAUUUAAACAAUUGCUUGUAUUAUUUGUUUGGCUAAAAAUAUUUCAUUAUCAAAUCAAUCUAGGCAAGCAGGAUUAAAGAUAUUAUUAGGAAAUUUGAUUUUUUUCCAUCUUUUAGAAUGUUAUAAACUUAGAAUAACUAAUCUCUAAUCUCUUAACUUAUAGACCUUCUGUAGGAAGUAUAUUUUGACUAUAGUAUAAUUGAAUUCAUUUCAGGAAAGUGAAGAUAACGUUAGUCUGGCUUUAUUGGAAAUAGCUUAGAUAAUCUUUAAAUACCUUUUGAUCUCAUAAGUCUUCAUUUACCUCUUAAAUUUAUGGAACACUUAUUUUAGUCUGGAAUUUCUAUUGGCUAACAAAUAUAAACAAUAUGAGAGAUUGAUGAGAGAUUUAGAUGUUGAUUAAUAAACAUCCAAAACGAUUUUGAAAUAAACUAAGAGUUACGAAUUAGAAGAAAUCAAGUAUUUAUAGCUGUUUGAUCACCUAAUAUCAAAUCAACACUUCAUUUUGUAAUUGAAGCGACUGUUAUUUUAAUAAUCAUAAUUAUUUGAAUAGUUUUCUGAUAAAACUUAGGAGUAACUUAUAUAGAUGAUGGAAUUGCAUUUAAUAAACCCACAACAGAUUAUUUCGAGUGAUUCUCUGAAUGAAGAAGAGUCAAUUAAUUUUUUAGUACAUGGAACAUUAGAUGUAGGAAUAAAAAAUAAAUAAAAUUAUAAUUUCGAAAAAAUCUAGGAAUUAGAAUAAGGUUUGCAUUUUGGAUAAUUAACAUUUUUUACAGGUUAAAGGGAUUGCCUUUCUUAUAGAAGUAAUCAUUAUACACUGUUAUUCAAAUUAAAAAGAUAGAAUAUGUUAACUCAUUUAGAAACUAAUCUAGCUGAUAAGGAGAUACUCUCUAUAAUAAUAAAUUCAGUCAUUAAUAAAUAAAAUUAUUCUUUAUUGAAAUUGUAUUGCCAAUGUUGUAAUUCGAGUGAUCAUACUCUUACAAGUUGUCCUUAGUUACACAUAUCUAUUGAUAAAAAGGAUCUAAUUUCUCAAUUUCUAUCACCAAAAAAUCAAGACAGAAUAAAAUGUAUUAUUUUCAUAUAUUUAGAUACAAGAUAAUAAAUUAAGAAAAGGAAUAAUAUGAUAAAAUUUAGGUGGCCUAAAAGCAAUUUUUCAUCUGAUAUUUCGAAGAAUUUAUAAAGAAAGGAGAAGAAUCCAUAAAUAGUGGAAUGGAAGAGUUCAGCAUUUAAUAUUGAAAUUAAUAGUGAUAUUCCUAAGGAAUUUACAAGCGAGAAAAUACUAGAACAGUAGAUGGUAUCGCAUUAGUUAAAUUCUAUUAAUAGUGAACGUUUAAUAUAAGAGUUUUAGAAUGAUACACAUAAGAAAAGCAAAGGACUUACUAAUUUAGAUUAGAAUUUCGAGCACAACUAAGUUAAUGUAGGCUCAUUGAAUUUCGAUGGUUAAGACAAUUAUAUAUGUCCCUAUUAAUUUGUAAUUUCAGAAAGCAAACCUUAAUUGGAGGAUUUUGAUUCAAGCAAUAUGAUUAACAAUCUCAAUAGCUACAAAUCUAAGCAGAUGUCAGCCACGAAUUAGAACUCACUGCAGCAUCAUUAAUUUAUAUCAUUAACUGGAUAAGUGACUUCGGUAUUAAACAACGAAUUUUAUAAUCAAUUUACGAAUCUAAAUAUAGAUAAAUGGUGGAACUAUGAGUAUUUCGAUGUAGAAUACAAUUUGUAGAGCAUAGUACAAAAGAUAACUUAGGGGAAGGGAGAUUAAAAUGUAGUAAAGUAAACUUAAAACUACAAUUUGAUUAUAAGAAUAGAUGAAAAUAUGAUGAUAUAGGAAGAUUGA